AUGGGCGCCGGUAAUUCGAUCGAGGGACCCGUCGUCGAGUCAGGCUACGGCGGCAGGUAUUGGGAAAGGGACUACGACACUUUAUCCAAAAAGUAUUGGGAUGCCCUGGAACAAUCGCAAAACCUAAAUAUUCAACUGGGCUCACUCCGAAACGAGCUUCGCAACCUAAAGGCCGAGCAGUCCGGCUCGCACCUCAAAUGGAACCAAGAAAAGAAGGCCCAUCUGGAGAAGGUCGACCUCAUUUACAAAGUUCUCUCUGAUACUCCCUGGUUGCCCGAGGGCGUCACCGAUGCAACACUGCUGCUAUUCCUCCCAAGUUCUGAGCCCGGAUACGAGAUGAAGAAUGGGAGACCUCACACCGAGCGGCUGCGUACAGACAAGGGCCUAAUUGGCUUCAUCUUUUUCGAAACGGUCGGAAAAGCGCAAGAAUGCAUGAGAAUGUUCAGCAAGUACCGGCCUCCAGACCUGCCCUAUGGUUUCAGCUACUAUGGCAAUGCCGCGCACAUCAACACGUUGUUGCACAAACACUUGAGCUUU